AUGGGACUGUUGGAGCUGUGGGAACAGGUGUUUGUCACUGCGGACCUCUACCAGGUGCUAGGCGUGUGGAGCGAGGCUUCCAAUGGCGAGGUCCGACAUGGUUACCACAAGGUGUCCCUGCAAGUGCACCCGGACCUUGUGGACCCGGACCAGAAAGAGGAUGCCACCCGCUGCUUCCAGAUCUUGGGGAGAGUCUAUGCGGUUAUGAGUGACCAGGAGCAGAGAGCAGUGUACGAUGAACAGGGGACAGUGGAUGAGGACACUGUUGGCCUCAACCAAGACCGGGACUGGGAUGCCUAUUGGAGAUUACUUUUUAAAAAGAUCUCGCUAGAGGACAUUCAGGCUUUUGAAAGGACAUACAAAGGCUCUGAAGAACAGCUAGCCAAUGUUAAGUAGGCCUACCUGGACUUCAAGGGCAACAUGGAUCAGAUCAUGGAGUCUGUGCUUUGUGUUCAGUACACAGAGGAGCCCCAGAUAAGAAACAUCAUCCAACAAGCUAUCGAUGCAAAAGAGGUCCCGUCCUACAAUGCCUUCGUAGAGUCUAAGCAAAAGAUGAAUGCAAGGAAGUGGAGGGCUGAGGAAGAGGCUAAGGAGGCAGAGUGGAGCAGAAAGGAGCUGGGGCUACAGGACGGAGUGGAGAACCUGAAAGCUCUCAUCCAGAGCAGACAAAAGGAUCGGCAAAAGGAAAUGGACAAUUUCCUGGCUCAGUUGGAAGCAAAAUACUGCAAACCUUCCAAAGGGAAAAGAGCGGCAUCCAAGAAGGAAAAGAAAUAAUGGAGUUUUUCUCUUCAUGAGUCCUUAUGUGUCACUAGUGCCAUGGUAAACAAGGUGAAGGCAGGUGCUAGCCUAACCUUUGAGAGAAGUUUGUUCUGCUUAAAAUAUGUGGCUCACCUAAGACAGGGAAGAUUCAUCAACUUGACCUUAGAGUUUCCUAGAAUUCACCUGAC